AUGGGCAAGAACGUGGGAGCAGGAUCACUUGGACUGUGGACCCACAAACUCAAGUCAGUUGAAGUUAUCAGCAACUACACCAGCACGUACUACAGCGGCCCCGCUGUGAAGAUGGGCGCUGGAGUCGUUGGCGAGGAUGCUCUCCCCGUAGUCUCAAAGGCAGGUCUGCGCAUCGUUUCCGGAAGCUGCCCAACGGUCGGCCUGGUAGGUGGUUUUGCUCAAGGCGGAGGGCACAGCUCCUUGACUAGCACCUAUGGCAUGGGGGCCGAUCAGGCAUUGGAAUGGGAAGUUGUGCUCGCCAAUGGGACGCUGACUACCGCCACCCCGACCAAGAACCAAGAUCUCUAUUGGGCCUUGAGUGGCGGGGGGCCAGGAACGUACGGCGUGGUGGUAUCACUGACAGUGCGAGCGUUCAAGGACGGUGUCGUGGCUGUUGGUUCUCUUUCAUUUUCAGCGGACGCAAACGAAUCCAACGACACAUUAUGGGCGGGUGUUGAAGCAUGGCUCUCAAACAUACCCGCUCUCGUCGACGGUGGCGCAACAGCCAUUGGCAUCUUGUCACCCACGUCGUUCAGCGUUUCACCUCUCGUACUCCCCGACAGAGACGAGGCCGACGUGCGAGAUCUAAUUGCACCAGUCACGACGAAGCUGGACAGUUUGGGACUCGAAUACUCAGUCAAUGUCACCACCUUUCCCACUUUCAUGGACUUCUACAACAUCUACUUUAUUCCGCCGGAGUGGCAGCUGAUAGACCGAAUCAGUGGCGGGCGCUUCGUUCCUCGGCCCGUUCUACAGAACAGCACAGCAGAAUUUGUAUCCGUCCUGCGCGACCUCACAGAAACCACCGACGCAAUGAUUGCCUUAGUUGGGGUCGGCUCUUCGACCCAAGAUGCCAUCGCACCCAACGCCGUUGCCCCACAGUGGCGUGAAGCCAACAUGAACGUCCUUGCGCAGCUACAGUGGCAGUACAACCAACCCUGGGAUUUCAACCUGGCUCAAAUCGACGAGAUCAACAACGUCAUCAUACCCAAACUCGAAGCUGUCACACCAGGCGCCGGUUCAUACUUGAACGAGGCCAACUUUGCGAAUCCGACGUGGAAAGAGGACUUCUACGGUGGGAAUUACGACAAGCUGCGCAAGAUCAAGAAGGCGUACGAUCCAGAUGACCUGUUCUAUGGCCCCACCAUAGUCGGCAGCGAUGCAUGGAAUGUGGCGAGCGAUGGGCGCUUGUGCAGGGCGUAG